GCCGCGCGAUUCCGUCCCGUGCAAUUCGAAUCAUGAAGAGUACCGGUCACAUUGUUAUCAUAUUGUUGGCGGUGCUUACCCUAGCGGCCGCCGAAAUCCGCAACAAAGGAUGGUGGAAGAACAUGGUAUUCUAUCAAAUAUACCCACGGAGUUUCAAGGAUUCUGACGGCGAUGGUGUUGGAGAUUUGAAAGGUAUAAUAAGUAAAUUGGACCACUUUAAAGAUGCUGGAAUAGGAGCAAUUUGGCUUUCGCCAAUUAAUCGAAGUCCUAUGGUAGACAUGGGUUAUGACAUAGCAGAUUUCAAGGAUGUCGAUCCGACAUUUGGUACACUAUCCGAUUUGGAUGACCUACUGAAGAAAGCGCAUGACCUUGGCUUAAAGGUUAUUCUGGAUCUCGUCCCUAAUCAUACAUCCGACCUGCAUUACUGGUUUCAAAUGAGUAGAAGAAAGAAGGGAAAAUAUUCUGAUUAUUAUGUGUGGCACGAUGGAAAGUGUGCUGAUACGAAUGAUGCAAAGUGUUUGCCCAAUAAUUGGCUCAGUGUGUUUGGCAAGAGUGGAUGGACAUACGACCAAGACAGAAAACAGUAUUAUUAUCAUCAAUUCUACUCGCAACAACCCGAUUUGAAUUACAAUAAUCCAGACGUACAAAGGGAAAUGAAGGAGGUGAUCAGGUAUUGGCUGAAUAGAGGAAUGGACGGAUUCCGUAUCGACGCGGUACCGCAUAUCUUUGAGAACAAUAUAACACAAGAUGAACCUAUAAGUAAUCAUCCCACUGCUAAGCCCGAUGAACACAAUUAUUUAAGUCAUAUUCUAACGAAAGAUCAACCACAAACCUACGAGUUGAUAAAGAGCUGGCGAGACUACGUUGAUGAAUACGCGAACCAAAAUAACCGGGAUGAAAUUAUACUGAUGACAGAGGCGUACACCAACCUAAAUAAUACAUUAAAGUAUUACAACUUUGGGUCUCACAUUCCGUUCAAUUUCAAAUAUAUCACUGAAGCAAAUGCCAAUUCCAAUAUCACACGUUUCAAGGAGAUUGCGGAUGAUUGGAUAAGUGGCAUGCCAGCAGGUUCUACAGCGAAUUGGGUGAUGGGUAAUCACGAUAGAAAUCGUGUUGAGUCCCGUUAUCCUGGGAAAGGAGAACAUAUGAUAAUGUUGAGCAUGAUUUUACCUGGCGUGGCUGUGACUUAUUAUGGCGAAGAAAUUGGCAUGCAAGAUAAUACAAACUUCACUUUCUCUGAUUUCCGUGACGGUUGUCGUACACCGAUGCAAUGGGAUGACAGUUCACUUGCAGGUUUCACUAGCGGCAAUAGCACGUGGCUUCCCGUACACAGUAAUUAUUUAACCCUAAAUUUGAAGAAGGAAAAGGAAGACGCUAAUUCUCAUUACAAAGUUUACACCAGUUUGGUGGCAUUGCGAAAGUCGUCGAACGCGUUGAAAGAGGGUGAUGUACACACGGAUGUACUGGAUAACGAUGUAUUAGCCGUCAGGCGCAGUGCGAGCGACGAAAUAGUUACACUGUUGUUAAACUUCAAGAACGACAGCGUUAAUGUAAAACUAUCGGAUUUAUUGAAGAAAAAACACACGGAAGUGAAAUUGAGCAGCGUAGGUUCUUCAGUGGCAGCGAAUGCGAUCGUAAACUUGGAUUCUUUCACUCUCCCAAGAUACGCAUCUGUAGUUUUAGUCAGCGGAGCGAGUACAGUCGGAUUCUCUCUGAUCUCGGUUUUAUUAUUAGCGGCUAUUUCAUUGUUCCGGUUAUAAAGGUAAAAAAUUCCCAAUAUUUGUGUUCCUCCUACUGUUAAAUUUAUAUGAUAUUAAUUUAACGUUAAGUUCGUGUCAUAUGAUUCUUUUCACAAGUAUGCUUGAUGAAACCACUUUGUCGUUAUCGUUUACUAGAAAAAGAAAAGAACAUUUAAUCUAUAUUUGCGCGUACUCUGAAAGCUAACGAUUGGUGAUAUUAGAAAUGUAAUAUAUAAUUAGUGUUCGAGAAAAAUAAAUAACACUUAGAUUUGUCUAAUUCGGCUUGAAAUUUCCAUUGCGAGUCUAACACGGUGUUAUAGUGCGAGGAAUAAAUUAAUGAACGGUCAAUCUAUCUAAUAUAUAAAUAAUGAUUAUUUAUGUAUAUUUACGUGUCUCAAACGCGAACGUGUAUCUUGUUAAGAAUUACAAUGUAUUUAAAAAAGAGUAUAAAAAUCUUGUUUUCUAUUAUAUCGUUUAGUAUACUGCGAAUUUGCGAAUACUUAUGUACGUUACUUAUGGUACAACUGGAUAGGGACUGAAUCUAUGUCAAAAGAUAUGUCGAAUAUAUAGAAUAAAAAUUUUUCAUUUGAGACUUCGUUUUCGAAAAAAUCGACUUUAAAACUAUUUUCGGUAUAUACAGGUAUACUCGACCAAGUCUCAAUUCAACGGAUAUGUAGAUUAUCCUUGUCCGUGUUAAUAAUCGUUCUUAAUAGUUUUAUAUUAUUUUAAUAUUUAUUUUCUGAUUAUUUUUAUACUUUAUUCGACGAGUGUAGAAGUAAAGCAACAGCAAUAGAAAAAAAAUGAUAACACCGAUGAUGUUUACAAAUACGACAGUGGUUUUCAUGCAUAAGGACAAUCUAAGUACAAUGAUAUCUGUUUAGUUGAGACUUGGUCGAGUAUACGUGUAUAUACCCAAUAUAGUUUUAAAGUCGAUUUUUUCGAAAACGAAGUAUCAAAUGAAAAACUUUUAUUCUAUAUUUUCGACAUAUCCUUUGACAUAGAUUCAACCUCCAUCUAGAUGUACCAUCAGUUACAUAACACCUAGUAUAUCAUAGCAUUUGGAUAAAAUAAUCGAAAAUACGGCGUUCAAAUCAAUUCUUUGUAACGGUAGGCUUUAAAAGGAACAUUAGACAGAUUACCUCUAUUUGCAAUUAUUUAUUAUAAAACAGUGUACCAAGAUAAUAAAUUCAUAAUAAAUUACUGUAAAAAGCA